UGCUUUCGGAGGCAGAAAGGUGGGUGGGUGGGGAGUCGGUCCGGCUUGGCCCCGCCCUCCUGCUCCGGGAGGCCAUGGCAAAACUACACUUCCCGGCGUGCAGCUGUUUGUUACCUCCUCCUCCUCGGAGUGUAAAUCUUGCAAGGCUAACAAAAGAGCAACCGGCUAAGCAAGCAGCAGCAUCAGGACCGGCGACCCGGAGGCCGCAAUACUGAGCCGCACUCUUCUCCAUCCUUGCAAGAUCGCCCCGCGGAAGAGUGGGGUGGGUGGGUAGGAGGGAAAUUAGAGCCAUGGCCAGAGGGACCCCCGCGCAGGUGCCAGUGGCCUUUGGGGAGGUGGCAAUCUGCUUCUCGGCCGAGGAAUGGGCAGAGCUGGCCGGAUGGCAGAAGGACCUCUAUCGCGACGUCAUGGCCGAGAACUUCCAGCUGGUCUCCUCGCUGGAAUGCCUGCUGGCAAUUCCUGAACUGCUAUACCAGCUGGCAAGAGGAGAGGUGACCGAGAUCGGCGCCGGGCCACCCCCAACGCAGGACGGGGAGUGCCCAGUUGUGAGACCAGAGCAGGAGGCGAGAAGCACCAAGGGGUUGCCAGGGCCUCCCGAGCAGGCGAAGAAGCCUCGC